UACAGCAACUCAAUUAGAACUGGUUCAGCCACUAGUGCCGUCGGCCGGACCAUCGUGUUGCUUGCUUGGUGUAUUAGGCCCCACUUACACUGUAGGGGGUAUACGGGCUUUGAGAGCCAACAUAUUACAACCUUCUUGCAACAAAGACUUUAUUGAAGCGAGAUUAGAUGCUGUACAGGAAUUGAUUGAGAACGACACAGGUUUGAUGGUCGAUUUGCAGGACAUAAUAAAAAAGCUAUCCGAAAUCGAUAAAAUAUUAUUUCUAUGCUUGGAGCCUCCGAACUUUAACAUGGAGAAAUUUGGUGAGGCUCAAUUAAACCAAACGUUGCUUUUAAAAACGACUAUGGAGACGGUGCCAAAGUUAGUAGAAGCUCUAAGAACGGUAGAAAGCGGCAGGUUGAGAAAAAUAAAAAUGGAUUUCGAAAAUUCUCAUUACAACGAAAUUUACGAACGAAUACGUAAAAUUAUUCAAGACGAUGCACAUUUAGAAAAAGGUGCAAUGGGAAGCUUGCAAAGGUGCUUCGCUGUUAGACCUGAAAUAAACGGCCUUCUAGACGUUGCUAGAAGGACUUAUUCUGAAUUAAUAGAAGAUAUACAGAAGGUUAUAGAACAACUCAGCGAAUCUCUUGACCUGCCUCUCAGAUUAAACCAAAACGUUAUGAAAGGGUUCCACAUAGUUCUACCGGUUGCUCCCAAGAACAGAAGAGACUUUAACGUUGAAGAUUUACCAGAUAUAUUUAUACAGGUGCAUUUCAACGGGACAAGCGUUACGAUGUCUACAGAGGAACUUGUCGUUUUGGAUCAGCAAGCGAAGGAAUCCCUUAACGAAAUACAGAAAAUGAGUAACAUUGUGGUAUCGGAAUUACUUAAAGAGUUACGUCCUUUCAUGUCAAGUCUUUACAAACUCUGUGAGAACGUUGCCGAGCUGGAUAUCUUAAUAGCUAUAGCCCAAACUAGUUCAAUUGGUUCUUAUAUAAGACCUGAAUUCAAUGUUUACUUGGAAGUGAGGAACUCCGUACACCCGCUCCUAGACUAUAACAGUCAAACGAUGCCCGUACCCAAUGACAUAUUUGCCAGUCCUGAGUACAACUUUACUAUAAUAACAGGACCUAAUAUGGGCGGCAAAAGUAUUUAUAUCAAACAAAUUGCUAUUAUACAAAUCAUGGCGCAGUUGGGAAGUUUCGUGCCCGCUACGAACGCGGUGUUAAGACUUUGCGACCGUAUCUUCUCUAGAAUAGGCUUUAACGAUAGUGUUGAAUUUAAUGCCUCUACAUACGUUAUUGAGAUAAAGGAAACCCAACAUAUACUUGCUGGACUGACACCCACUAGUCUUAUUAUCAUAGACGAAUUGUGCAGGGGAACGUGCUCCGACGAAGGAACUAGCUUAGCUUGGGCUGUUUGCGAAGAAUUAAUAAAGAGUCAGGCGUUUACAUUUUUUGUUACCCACUUUUUAUAUUUAACGAGAUUGCAGGACUUAUAUUACAACGUUGUCAACCGAUAUACUAUGGUAACAGAAGAGGCUAUAGAUACUAACAGCACUGAGCGCCGACUGGUCUAUCAACAUAAAAUAGAAACAGGCGUCACGACGGUUGAACAUUACGGGUUAGCAUUAGCUGCUAAAACCAAUUUACCUGAAGAUACCGUAAAUUUUGCAUGGGAACUUGCAGAAUUGAUCACAAGAAAUCAAACGCCAAAGAUAUAUUUAGCUAAAGAAAAAACUGACGACGAAAUACUCUACAAACUGCAAGCAGACAUAAGACAACAAAGAAGAAAAGAACCUAACAACAGAAUGAAAGUACAAGAAAUUAUUUCUACAUUCAAAACAAACAAUCCGGAAUUAAUCGAAAGAAUUAGGACGCAAAAAAGUAAAUGUACUAACUCCAUUAGUCCUAUCGUUAAUGUUUCUUCGGAAAAUAGUUUGAAUAAUGGUCAAGUGCUCAUGGAACCCUCGAAGAACCAAGAAAUGUAUUCCUUUAAUGAAAGGAAGUCAUCAAGUAGAAAUGAGUCUAACGUUUCAGAAUUACAUAUCAAUAAUGCUCAAAGUGAUAAUUACAGUGCCAAUGAUGCAAAUAGCCAUCAUGUAUCUGUGAAAUCGUCAACAGAAUUAUUGCAUACAGUCCCAGGUAGUAAAUUAAGAGAUAUUGGUUUUCAAAAUGAACUUGUUUUUCAUGAUUUGUCACACACAAUAGACACCUCUACAGAAAUCCACAUUAACUGUUCACCGCUUGUUAAUAAAUCGGGUUUGAAAGAUGAUUUCACUAAGGCAGAGAAUAAUGCGAUUGUUAAUUCUAAAAACUCAAGUUACGCAGAUAUUAAUGCUGAAGAAGAAAUGGAAAUUUGUGAUGAAAUAAUUUUAAACAACGAAGUAAAUGAAAGUACUACUUUAGCAAACGAUACCGAUGAUGCGGAUGCUCUCACACAAAUUAUUGGUGAGUAUGUUAGUUCUUCUAGCUCAAGUGAAAAUUUUGAUCCUACAUCUACUGAUGAAGAACUGAUGGAAGAAACUAUCAAGGAAAUAAAUUUAAGCAAACAAAUCCAUGUUAAUUAUCCUGAUCUCCAUCAGGAUAAUUUGGAAACAAUAAUACUAACUCCUCCUGCCGGCUUUCGAGAUGAUGAUUGUUGAAAAUAUCG